CCAGUCCCCUACCAGUACGUUUGCCCCCUAGGGAUAUGGGCAACACCCAGCAGGCGUCUUCAUCCUCCUCAGUGUACGAGGGUGAGGCACUGGCAGGGGUCCUUCAGGGGCCCGCUGCAAUUGUUACUCCGUCCCCUGAUCCUUCUCCUGUGCCUUUAGAUGCUGCUGGGGGACUUGGGGCUCCUGUGGUUCCCGCUGCUAGUGUUGCUUUAUCUCCCCCCCAGCUUCCCAUUAUGGAUCAGCAAGCGGUUAUACUUCCCCAUACCGUGCAGCCGGAAGUUGCUGGCCCAUCUGGAGGGUGCAGGCGAUCUUCAUCUGGGUCCGCCAGGGGCUCUGCCCGUGAAAACCGUGGAGAGGCUAGCGGUUCCGGGAGGCGCCGCCGAGGUCGCAAGGGCCACGAAUCCAGAUAUCACAGUCAUCGAUGUCGGUCCAGGUCCUCCCGCUGGAGGUCCCCUUCCUCCUCAGAAUAUUCAUCCGAUAGCUCUAUGAGUCCAGAUAGGAGGUCACACCGACGUGGGUCUCGGCGGGGGAUUUCAAGAUCCUCCCGUCGUUCGACCUGCGGUGCUACACGCUCACACGAUGUCCCCAUUGCUGUUACGCCAUUGGAUCCAACGGGGCCGGCGGCCCCGCAUGUGAUUCCGGUUCCUGCCCCGGCAGUUGGAAUUCCGAGAGUUGUGUCCGGAUGCGGCAUUGGAGGGCCGGCAAUGCCCCUCUUUCCUUUGGGAGGUGGUGAGCAGAGAUUGAUGCCAUUGGUGUCCUCGUCAGUUACCCCGGCUACUUGGUCUGGACAUGGUAAGGCGUGGGGUGAAUGGCUGGAACUGGUGGGUGGCCGGGAUGUGGCGGGUGAUGAUGAAUGGCGUUUUACUGUCACCGUGGAUUAUCUGUUACGCAUGCGAGAGUUGGGCAGGUCAGCAAUAGUAGCUAGACGGAGGCUUUCGGGCCUUAGUUUUCACUUUAAAUUAAGGGGUUGGGUUGAUGUUACUAAGCGUUUUUCUAUUUUGCAAGCGCUCAAAGGUUGGGAUAGGACGCCCAGGGUUUCAGAUGCUAGACGGCCAGUUUCCUUUUCCUUAUUGUUGUCCUUAAUGGCUGCCUUGCAAGGGGUUUGUCGUUCUCCUUAUGAGUCCCUCUUAUUUCAGGUGGCUUUUUCUUUGGCCUUCUUUGGGGCUCUUAGGGUGGGGGAGUUGGUCCCUAGUUCCGCAGGUGGGGUGGGGGGUUUGUUGCAAGACGAUGUAAUGUUGACGGAAUCCUCGGUUCAGGUCAAGGUGAGAAAGUCGAAGACGGAUAUGUUAGGCAGGGGGAAUGGUUGACCCUUAGUGUAGUGUCGGGCAGUGCCUGCCCGGUGCGUUUAGUGGGUUCAUACGUGUUAGUGCGCCCGUCAGGGCGUAAUUUCCUUUUGCAUGAGUCAGGUUCCCCGCUUUCAGUUUGGGGCAGUUUUUAAGAGAUGUCUGGUGGCUCUGGGUUUCCCAGAGGGAGAAUAUGGUACGCAUUCUUUCAGGAUUGGGGCAGCCACUGAGGCUGCACGGGCGGGUCUGCCUGCGGCUGAGAUCAGGAGAAUAGGCCGGUGGAAAUCAGAUUGUUACGCCUCUUAUGUUCGCCCGGAACUGUUGCUUUAAUUU